GGGGGCGCCGGGCCGAGGGGAGGCGACAUGCGGACAAAGACGCCCGGUGCGGGCCGAGGCGUCCGGAGGAGCGCAGGUCUUCCCUGUAAAAGGUGCGCUGGCGCCCGCCCCGGGUGAGCAGAACGCCCCGCGGGAAGAGGCGGGAGCGGAGGAGCGGGCGGCCGCGGGCUCCGCCCCCAGCGGUUUUGCCAUCUGGGUCAGGACGCGGCGGCCGCGGUGCCGGACCUCGGGACCCACGGGCUCGGGGACCACUGCCGCCCGCCGCUUCCCUUGCGCCCGCCUCGCCCGUAGGUCCCCGGUCCCCAGCCACGAACUACAGGGAAACCAGAGCGAGUACAGUAACAAAAAACAAGAAAUGCCUCAUUCCACCAACAAAGAGCUGAUCCUUGGCAUCAUGGUGGGAACUACUGGAAUCAGCUUGCUGCUUCUGUGGUACCACAAGGUUCGCAAACCAAGGACAGCAAUGAAUUUACCUAAGUUUCUUUCUCUGGGUAAUACAUUUGGUUCAAUGACUUUGCAAGAUGAACAUGGCCAAGGAGCAGCAGCCAUUUUUCAAGGAAGGCAACUUCAGAUAUUGGAGAAGUUAAAUGAAUUACUGACAAAUAUGGAAGAACUCAAAAAGGAGAUUGGAGUUCUUAAAGAAGCCAUCCCAAAGCUGGAGGAAUAUAUCCAAGGCGAACUUGGAGGAAAGGUAACUGUCCAUAAGAUAAGUCCUCAGCACCGAGCUAGAAAGAGAAGGCUUGCCACGGCUCAAAAUUCAGCAACGAGUAAUAGUUCAGAAGAAGCAGAAAGUGAAGGAGGGUAUAUUACAGCUAAUACUGACACAGAAGAACAGAGUUUUCCAGUCUCUAAAGCAUUUAACACACGUGUGCAAGAAUUAAAUUUAGAUGUCCUUCUUCAGAAAGCAGAUAACUUACGUAUGAACGAGUCGAGCAAGAUGGAGAGUUUUGAACUACUUUGUGACCACAAAGAAAAGUUUAGAGAUGAAAUAGAGUUUAUUUGGCGGUUUGCUCGUGCUUAUGGAGACAUGUAUGAGCUGUCUACAGAUACUCAAGAAAAGAAACAUUAUGCUAAUAUUGGAAAGACAUUAGGUGAAAAAGCUAUUACUAGAGCACCCAUGAACGGAUAUUGUCACCUGUGGUAUGCUGUUUUGUGUGGCUAUAUGUCUGAGUUUGAAGGCUUACAAAACAAAAUCAACUAUGGACAUCGCUUCAAGGAACAUCUAGAUAAAGCAAUUGAAUUUUUACCUGAAGAACCCUUUUUGUAUUACCUGAAGGGAAGAUACUGUUAUACUGUCUCAAAACUGAGCUGGAUUGAAAAAAAAAUGGCUGCUACUCUAUUUGGAAAAAUACCAUCCUCAACUAUACAAGAAGCUUUACAAAAUUUCCUUAAGGUUGAAGAACUACACCCUGGUUUUUCUAUAUCCAAUUACAUGUUUUUGGCCAAGUGUUAUUUCAAUCUUGAGGAAAUCAGCAAUGCUGAGAAGUUCUGUAAUCUGGCAGUGUUGCUUCCAUGUGUAACCAAAGAGGAACAGCUUCAAUAUGCUUUUCUCAGAAGAGAGGAGGGUUGUCAGUCUUCCUGGCACUUCACAAUGUCAGUUACUCCUCAACUGUCGCAUGGAAUGCACCCUAGACAAAGGAGGCACAUUGCUUGUGAAACUCCAAGGAUCACAGAGACUGAAAAAAUAAACGAACUAGACGGUAUGUAUACCCAAACAUGGGCAGGUCGGGAAGCUAUAGAACGCAGACAACACCCUUUGGAGUCAGCUCACCACUAGAAAACAUCCAGACAGUGCCACUUCUAAAUGUACAGUCUUGGCAUGUUACAUUGCUGCUUCCCUCACAGGAUUGUCAUGUGAUAAUGCAUUCAAGCACUUAGUGUGGUGAUUCACGUUCAAUAUAUUUUUGUUCCAUUUCUCCCCUUCCUACCUGAUACCUGUUGAAAAGUGGUAAUGAAGACCACAUGGCCUGUGUUGUGUUUAAGUGACUGAAAGGCUACAAGCAGUAAACUGUUACCUGCCUAUAGCUUGCCCAUACCCACUUAAACUAGAUUAUUUUCCUCCAGUCCUUCCCAUUAAAAAUAAUUGCCUCUGGGUGUAUUUGAAUGUAUUAAUUUUUUUUCUUUCUCUUCCCUUCUCUGAGAAUUGUAACUAAUGGGUCAAAACUGAAGAGCAGAGAGUAUGUGAGUCACUCUGCAAAAAAGAAGGGAGAGUUAACAGCCAAAGCUUCUGUGGCACUUAUGCAGAAAAAUGACUGAUUUCAAGCUUCUAGAAACAAUCUCUUAAUAGGAGCUGAAGCCUGGAAAAAUAAGAGCCCUUCCUUGGCUGUGCAUAGCCCUGCCAUCUGUGUGGGUGGGGCAGUGGAAGCCUGGAGAGUCCUAGCAAGGCCCCUGUGAGUCAAAUCUUUUACCAGGUAAAAAGGUCAGCAGAAAAAUAUAUCUGCAUAAUAUAUUACAGAAUACUCUCAUCCAUUCUGUUUUGUUGGACAUUAAUUGCACUUAUUAAUUAAAGCACAUGUACCUUAAAAGAUGAAUGAAUGAAUAUGCAUCAAACAAAUUAAAAACAAAAGCUUUCAUGUCAAAAGGAAAAAAAAUGAAUGUAUGACAUUCUCAAGGAAAGGACUGGUGUGCUGUGAGGGGGAAAAAAAAUGUGUCCUCCAUUUUUUAGAUGAAGCAGAAAUAUAAGGUCCAAAUGUUAAAGUCUCAAUCUAUCCCAUCUUUCAAAUUAAAAAUUUUAAUUUCCACUUUGCUAGGUGUUUCCCAUUGCAAAUUAACUUCACAUUGUUUCUUACAAUUCAAAAAUAAAGAGAUCAGGAAUUUGGUAGGAAACUAAAUGCCAAAUCCCUAUUUUUUAAAAAAGCAA